AUUAUUAGUAUUUUAUUUGUUUCUGCUUCUGUCCUGCCCAUUUGGCCGGCAUUGCUGCCUUCAUACUUAGGCUUCCCCGUUUUUGGUAUUCAAGAUUGCUGCUGCGGCCAAGUUUUCUUCUUCAUUUUUAGUAUUCAUGAUUGCUGCAGCCAAGUUUGGAUGUAUUUGUUGAUGAAUGCUUAAUGCUUUUCAUCAUUGUCACCAACAAUUUUGCUUGUAUUUGUUGUUGACAAUAAAUCUAGACACCAGAUCUGAUGUAUGGUUCUGCCACCUAUGUUCUCAUUAGGGCUGUUUUAACUUUUAUCCAAUAUAUACUUCGUUGUGUGGUUACUGUCAGUAUAUAUCAACCCUAUUCCCGUUAAAAGUAAAGACCGCAAAAUAACACUAAUAUUUAACAAAUCCAAACAAUGCGUGAGCUUCUCAACACUAGCUACCUCCCUAAACAUGAGUUCCAUACUCUUUGGUUCUAUAUCAAAGAGUAUGGUUGCUUUCAGAUGAAUCUAUAUCAACUCUUUGGUUCUAUUACAUUCUCUAAAGCAACAAAAUGUCAGAUGGUUGCUCAAUAUAAAUUUGUGCUUGGAGAUCACCAAGAAGAAAAACGUUAAUGUUUGACCGACAACCAAACAUAGUGGCAAUAGAGAUACACAAAUGUAAUUGUUGAUGUAUUUUUUCAACAAAUAAAAAGUAAAAUUCAAAGAUAUGGAAAUAUUCUCAAAUUUGAUUAAUUAGUGCCUGAGAUUAGGAAUCUCUAAACACGGUACGGUAUCUAAAAAAAAUUAACUGGAAAUUAAAAUACUGGAAAUUUAAAGUGGUAAUCUCCGAAUCUGACUUUGCUUUUGUUGAAGUUGAUUGAAGAUCCUUUGCCAGUUGCAAAUUUUAAUCCUUAAAUACUCUUCAGUCUGCUAACCCUUUUCCUGCUGGAAACCGUCUGCUAACGCCUCUUUUCAACCGUCUUCAGUCUGCGACGGUCGCCCGAACGGUUACAAUGCCUCUUUUCAACCGUCUGCUAACCCUUCUCCUGCUGGCACGUGCCAUCAGCCGACCGAAUUAUCAUUCUCAAUCACUCUUAAUAAUAUCCGACUCUUUGGACCGACCGCAGCCCUUCCGCCUUUUUGACCCGAACGCAGCCCUUCCGCCAUGUUGGUCCGACCGCAAACCUUCCGUCCUUUUUGGACCGACUGCAGUCCUUACACCUUAUUGGCCCGACUUGCAGACCACCCGACUUGUUUGGUCCAGCCGCAAACCUCCCGAUUUACAGACCAUCCGACUUAUGGACCUUCCGACUAGCGGUCCUUCCGACCUGCGGAUCUUCCGACUUGCGGACCUUCCGAUCUGCGGACCUCCCGACCUGUGGACCUUUCGAUCUGCGGACCUCCCGACCUGCGGACCUUCCGACUUGCGGACCUUCCGACCCGCUAUUUCCUCGGAAAUACAUCUACUUUACCCGAGUUCCCCGCAAUGCCCCUCGACCAGUUCGAUCAUCUCAAUUGUUUGGCCCAUUUUUCUUUUCACCAUGGGCUUUUUAACCUAAUUUUAAAUUUCAUACGUAACAACUUGCCCGCCGCCAUUGUACUUUCAAACGUUAUUUCUCAAUCGCCGUUUGGAAGUUCAUAAACCACAAUCCCACUGAGGAAUUGCCUCUGCAACUGCAAUAAGUUUUUUGCAACACAUUGUGUCACAAAACUCCCCAUUUCUUCAAAACUACUCCUGUUAAUUGCAAUCUCUGCGAUUCCAAACCAUGGCGAAUCAAUACAUCCCUGCUCUCCCCUUCGACGGAUCAAUCCCUGAAACCACUCUUGUGUCGACGAAAAUGCUCACUCCAACUAUUCGUCCAUAUUGCAUUACUUCUGAAGACUCCAACCGCAUGAGAGAAGUCUUGGAAGCCCGAAACCUACUAGCUGUCAACGAUCUUAACUAUAAUGCGGUCCGCCUCCAUGACAACAUCAAAACUCAUUUGAUGGACCCCAAGGAUCCAUACCGCACUUGAUACCAAAGAGUAGCAGAGCAUUUCCAGAAUCAAUGGAAACAUCAACAGAUCGAUCAAGCCAUACGUCUGUCUACUAUCCCAUGUCAUUUACAUAAGAAAGUUCUUCUAGCAAUGGCGGCGUUUUGGCACCCUGAGACUUGCGCCUUCCUUUUUCCAACAGCCCCCAUCGGCCCCACCCUCAUGGAUGUGGCCAUGAUCGCUCAUCUGCCAAUCGUAAGGGAAGACCCUAUAAUGGGUACCCUAGAUGGACAAGAGCCCAGAGCAGACCAGGUUGGUCCCUGGCUAGCAUUAAGGAAUGGGGUUGGACCAAUUUUUUAAAUGAUCAACAAGGAGCAGACGGUACCCCUGUUACCGACCGCGAGCAUACUGCCUUCCUGCUCUUUUGGCUCUGUAAGUAUGUCAUCAUUUCUCCUUCGAAGUGUGUUCUUCCUACUCAUCUUGAUUUGGCCAUACAUAUAGCCUCUGGCCGUUUCUUUUCUCUGGGUACUCUUUUCCUUGCCAAUCUUUUUGAAGGGUUAUCCAGGGUUAGCACCCGCCUUACAAAUAAGGACGGUAAAAAAUUAGACACCGCUGCGUCGGGUCCUUUUUGGUUCCUGAAACUAUGGUUUCGUCUCUAUUUUCCCGACGCUUUCCAACUCGGUCAUCCUUCCGUUGCCCCCACAUCUGAGAAGUCGCUAGGAAUAGCCCUCAACCGACUUUGCUUAUGUCGCAGCAACCUCCAAGCGUCCGACCCUAUCAUAACUGCCAUUCUUGCCGAUAAUCGUAAUAACACCCAUUUCUACAUACAUAGAAGGUAUAUUGGUUAUGCAUCCGGCCUGUUUUGGCCAUUCCCUGUACCUUCACCUUUGUCCGAACCAGACCCACUUCUCAUCCCACUUACUCCUUCUUCUGGAAUGCUGCUUUAAGCUCAAGUCCUUAUUUGUCAGCAAGAAAAUCGAUAAGAAAGGCCACAAAGCGUUUUAUAUCUUCAACUAUCAACCUCAGUUUUUGGCACGCCAAUUCGGAUGCCAACAAGGCUUGCCUGGUCCCAUUGCCCAUCCGCAUUUAAUAAUUCAAAGUCCGGAUGGAAGAGUCAUUCCUGAAUUGAUCGCCCCUUAUGUAUCUCAACUUGCCAGUUAUAUAACUUCUAAUUCUUACAUUCCCUUCCGUUCUUCUCCUAAUUCUGUUGAGUCCUUUUGCGAAUGGUGGUCGGUCGUGUGGGCUUUGAUUGCUUCUGACAAAGAACAUUUGCUGAGCACUCUUUUGCUCCGACCUGCUUUGGUGCUAGGGAUGGCACCAUCGACUAACACCCGAAGAAAAACAAUCACCCUAGGCACUGGGUCAAGCGCCCCGAAGAGAAAAAGAAAAACACCUCAAACCCAGACAGCCCCGUCAUCUGGAGGAAAUCAGCAGACCUUGAUAGACCUUUCAUUAGGCCGGGCGACAAAACCAUCCCGACCCCGCUUAGAUAUUUCCCAAAAGCCCUGAUUUAAACUAAUUUUUUCUUCAGCUUCUAACUGAUUAUUAUUUGAUGUCAGGCCCAACUUUAGCCAUGGUGACCAUCCCCCUGACUUCGACAUCAAUCGAACCUACGCUUGCCUCUCUGAUGGCCAAUCGGAAAGUUGUCCCGACUAGGAUGCAACCCCCUUCCUUCCAAGCGGCGAGCGAUCAAGAAGAAACUUCAACCAAAAAACAAUCUUCGCAAGUACCGCCUUUAGCUCAGGUCGUCUCUGAUAGUGAGGCGACUGCUUCCCAAAUGGGCAGAAUGCCGUACGUGACUUCAAACUCAUCCUCCCCUAAUGACGAACCGAUUGCAACACUUGCCUCUGCCGCAAUCGCCUCUGUUGGAGGCACUUCUGCUAGAAUUGCUUCCGACGAAAUCGUUCCCACUGAUAGGGAUACCUCAAAUGCGGCCACCCACAACGCACCCGAAGAACCAAUUGCAAUGGUUCCAGAUGCACCCGACUUACUUGCUGAAGGCGUCCUAGAUACGGCCGACCCGGAAGCAGCGACCGACCAAAAUGCAGCAGCCGACCAAGAUGCGCCAGAUUUACCAGCAGCGGCCGACCCAGACGCGGCCGACCCAGAUGCGGCCGACCCAGCAAGAGGUCUCUUGCAGGAACAAGCAGAAAUUCAUUCUUCUGAAUCAGAGACCUCCGUAAAUCUGGGACCCAGAUCGAAGCCCCAACGACCUUUCGAAGCAGUCGACGAGUCGGCCAUCGAAAUACCAAUCACCUUCUUCCUCCGACCCACGGCACUCCUUGUGCCUUCCAUGACCACAAUCUGCCAAGAAGUAAGUGAAAUUCCCACAACUGAUUCUUGACAUCUUAUUUCAAAAGAAUCUAACCACAAGAUUCAAUUCAAGGAAACCUCGAUCUAGGUCCCUUGUCUACCAUUCCAAUCUUGACAGACACCCAGACUAUAUUUGCCCAAGCCGUCAAUCGACCUUUCCCCGACCUGGAGGCAAAUUCCUUAGACGAACUCCUUUAAGCGAUUGGUGAUCUGUUAUUUCAAACUCCAUCAGAGUCGGUAGCAACCCCCAUUAUGCAUCGGUUGAUGGAAAGACUAGCUGAACUCCGAAAUGACGUCCUAUUCGCCCGACUCCUGUCGGCCGAAACACCCCUGCCCAGCUCGGACCAAACAACUCUGGAACUUUCCUUGGCAAAAACCAAAGAAACCAUUCAAGAAGCAGCUGGAAGAUUAAACGGACUCCUAAAUGCCAAAAAACAAGUAGAUGAGUCCAUUCAAAAGAAAGAGGCAGAAUUGAAUGCGCUUCAUCAAGACAGAACUGUCCUAGAAGGCCACAUAUCCGACGAACAAAACCUGAUUGAUCGGUACAAGAAAAACGAAGCCGACCUGAACCAAGAACUAAAAAUUCAAACCCGAUCCCAACUCAUCAAGCAGUACCAGUCAGCUGCCAACAGCCGACGACUUUCUAGGAUGGAAGAUAAGUGGUCCCAAAUUAAAGCUGCUGUAAGAUCCUUCUUGUAAAACUUUAGAAACUUUGACUCAGUAAAUGAUUAAUUUCUCCUAUUUUCAAGGAUCAUUUUCCAAACUUCCAACCCUCCGAGGAACCAAUCAAUUCAUCUCCUUUAUAAACACUUGCAGUCCUUGCAAACCAACAAACCAACGUUCAUCCAUAAAUCAGACCUUGAACACACCUACUAACAAAUAUUAAAAUGCCACCCCACCGUCCUCAUGUUCCUGUAAACAAUUGGCAAGGUGUUAUUCAACCCUUUUUUGUGGGUAAUCAUCCAGUUGGAGGUCAUGCCGAAGACCUGCUAUGCAUCCUCAAGCAAUUAGAUUUCAAAUUCAGAUUUUCCCAACGAGGAAGGAAAACCAUUCAUCGCGUUAUUCGCCUGAUGGAAAACAUGCUGGAAGGAUAUGAAACUCUUCGGGAUAUACAAAAUCGCCUUCCCGACAUUGAUCAUCACAUGGAUUUGAUUGAACACCAUGUGACAGCCAUACUCCCAGACCUUGGCUGGGAUCACACAUUCUCCAAUCAACGCGUAGUCUUUUCAAGAUUACGCACUCUUGUUGAUCGUGAGCGCCAAGCCAUGACAGACAUGAAAGCUUGGACCGACUAUGAUCUUGAGAAGAUGCAGGACCAAUGGGAGAAGUACCGACCUAGCUUAGAGGACCUUAUUGAUGAAGAGCCAGAACUAAUCCCUAAUCACUAGAAUGACUAUUCUGACUCAGGAGAAAGUAAUCCUCUGCAUGAUUCAACAUCUGAUAAUGAAUGAACCCUUGUUAGGUUCGAACCCUUGGCAAAUGGGUUCUGAAAAACUUACUGUUUCAUGCUUUCUUGUUAUCUGAAAAGGCAGGAAAAUACCUCUUCAGAUAUCUAGCAUUAAUACAGUCGUGUACCCUUUUACCUUCUUGAUUUAUAAUAAUAAAGGCACCAUUUCCGAUCUCCUUUUGAAUUAUGAAUGGUCCCUCCCAAUUCGGGGACCACUUUCCUAAUUGA